AUGCAGCGUCAACUGGCCGCCAGCUGUUCCGCCAAGCAACGUUGCGCUUUUGGCAAAGCUUUGACGCUCAGCUUCCCGGCCUCAACACGGGAUCGGCGGAAUGCCCUAGUGGAUGGGACUUCACGCUCUAUCUCACUUUCCAAUUCGUCGGGCACCAAACAUUUCGCGUCGAACCUCGCAAGAAUGCUCCAUUCCCAAGUAUUGGCGCUGUCUGCUGCCGCUGCAAUGACUUUGAGCGCUUCCUCUGCUUUCCAGAUCGGUAGCCAAGGUCGCGUCAUGUGGAAGAGCAACUGCGACUACUACGGCGGCGACUUCCACUCCGUCCGCGGCAUCCCCGACGUGUGCGGAGAUACAUGCGCAGACAACCGGAAGUGCACGCACUGGUCCUGGAACAACUUCAACGGCGGUACUUGCUGGCUUAAAAACGGUAAGACGGCCACCCCCACGAAGCACUGGGGUGGAGGCUGCGGGUAUGUCAUCGACCGCUUCACGCGCUCUAAGUUGGCCUCGGCCAACCCGAAGGGAGACCGAAACGUUGAUGAAAAGGCUGGCCAAAAAGCCGCAGACCAGAAUGUCGAUAGAAACUCCGACCAGAAUGGUCAGUCAUCGCGAGCUGGUCAGGCUUCCCAGGCUUCCGGAUCUACGUCGUACAAUAACGGACUGACAAGUGCCGAGACGUCGGAGAUGCUUGCCUCCAUCAACUCGUACCGUUCUCAGUAUGGGCUUGGCGCAUUGACUAUCAACGCUCGACUCACGGCCGCUGCCCAUGUCCACUCGAAGGACCAGGCAAAGCAGUGCAAAAUGGCCCACGAGGGAUCGGACGGCUCCGAUCCUUGGGACCGAAUGGAGGACCAGGGCUACCAGUGGUCGGUUGCUGCUGAGAACGUCGCUGCCGGUCAGACCAGUGUCGAGGCCGUCAUGAUAUCCUGGUGGAAUUCGGCAGGACACAGAGCCAACAUCCUAAAGGACGACGUGACAAACGUGGGGUUUGCCGUGGCCUCCAACAGCGCUUGUAGCGAGUACGCAAAGUACUGGACUCAGGACUUCGGCGCCCAGUAA